CGCAAUGAUGAAGAUGUUCAGAUUGGGUACAUAAAGAUUGGGAGAUUGGGUAGCAAUAUAGAAUAAGGUAGCAGCUUAUUGCUAUGUAUACUUAAGCUUGUUUAAAAGAAAGUCAAAUUACUUGAGCAAGUAUUUGCACAGAAUCAGAAUUGAACGGAAUAAAUAGGAAUUAAUAAUUAAUUAAACAUCGCGCCCUUCUUGUAUUGAUCGAGAAAUUACAUGCAUCUGACAGCCUAAGGUGAAGAGUGAUGUAGGAUAGUCGUUAUCCUGGCUAAGGUGCAUAUAUUCUAAUAAUGCACAUGUAUGCAUAUAAUUCGAAGGCAAAUUAAAUUACAUAGUUUAUGUAUUUGAAACAUCUUAUAUAAUGAUAAACAAACAUUUUUGAAGUAAAACAUAUUGUUAAAUACAGUCUCACCAAAAUUUGUAUCAUCAUGCAUCAGACAAUACUGCAGUUUAGUCAAACGAAAGAGAAAUAAUGCUCAAGAACACCUCUUUCAAAUUAUAUAUUUUUUAUUUUCGCAUUUAAAGUUAACUUAUUACAAGUAACAGAAUAUAAAAAAUAUGACUCCUUUAUUUACGGCUUCAUUUUAUCUAUGUUUUUUAAGAAAGUUUGGUUUUCUAUUGGGUUGGUGGUGGCGUUGUGUUUACAUGUACUCACAGGUCGUCUGCAGCAUCCUGUGGCUGACAACGAGUCAUAUUCAGUAGACAAUCACGACACACAGAUCAGUGAAUAAAAAACUGAAGAUGGAAACCUGUCCUUCACCACCAACAAGCUGCUAUUCUAUUGUCAACAUACAAAACUGUCACAGAGAAAAUGGUACAACUGGUCUUGUGUCUGCGAGUGAGAUCACCAUGAAAAUAGAGAGUGUAGUAGAAGAUAAAUUUAUACAAGAAUGCUUAGCAAUCACUGAACUGGAAAAUGAGGAUGAACUGAUUGACAUUAAAAAGGAUAUGGAAGACAGUGAUAAAGAUAGUAAUGAUGAAAACAUAGGAGAAAGCUCAAAUGGUAGAAGGGGCCUAAGAAUAAAAAAGAAUAAAAGACCAAGAAAGAAAUAUGAGAAGAUUCAGCGUCUUACUAGAAUCUACACAUGUGUUGAUUGUCCAGAGACAUUCUCCCGACUCAGCCAACUGCGGGCUCACUCCAGGAUACACACAGAGGAUCAGACUGAGAAAUAUGAAUGUGAUCUUUGUGAAGAAGUCUUUGAUAGAUUGAAACGUCUCAUGUCACACCGAAAGAAACACCACCGAGCCAGCUUGUCUUGUAAAAUGUGCACAAGCAAGUUUACACAUUAUGCUAGCUAUCGCAUCCAUAUGAGAGUCCACAAAGGUGAAAAACCUUAUGUGUGUCAGGAAUGUGGUGCUGCCUUUGUACAAAGUGGUCAUCUUAAUAUUCACAAGAGAACACAUACCGGUGAGAAACCUUACACAUGUGAUAUUUGUAAUAGUAAUUUUAAGCAAAUUUCACAUUUGAAGACUCACGUUAGAACCCAUACUCAGGUUAAACCGUAUCAGUGUGAUGAAUGUGAGGCUUCAUUUACACAAAAUAGUAGUUUGAAACGGCAUCGGCGGUCCCACACAGGUGAAAAGCCAUAUAAGUGUGCAUUCUGUGAUAUGACUUUUGUAGUUAAGAGCAAUAUGCAAAGACAUUUAUAUACUCACACUGGUGAGAAACCAUAUCAGUGUGACUUAUGUCCAGCCUCUUUUGGACAAGCGAUUGAUUUGAAAAGGCACAAGAUCAGCCAUACAGGAAUAAAACCCUUUAAAUGUGAUCAGUGUGAUGCAGCAUUUAGUCGCAAGAAUAACCUUAAGUGGCAUCAGAUGACUCACAGUGGCAACACUCCAUUUAGAUGUGAAGUCUGUCAAGUAGGGUUUUCUUCGCCUGGUGAUCUCAAAGUACACAAACGAAUUCAUGCACCUCCUAAACCAUUCCGCUGUGAAUCAUGCCCAGCUUCCUUCCAGCAGUUUAGUUCCCUUACUCGUCACAAGAUGAUACAUACAGGUGAGAGACCCCUGAGAAAAAAACCGGAAAAUAAACCAGGGUCAUUUAAAGAAACUGGAAUUAAACCAUAUGCCUGCGAGAUUUGCAAUGCAACUUUCUGUGAGAAACGAAAUCUUAAAAGGCACAUUAUAUCUCUGCAUGAUGAUGUGCAACGGAUAGUUGGAAACACACUUAAUGAUGCAGAAAUUAAGGAAGAAGGAGUAAUUGAUAAAUUUAUAAAGCUACAGCAACCAGUUCAGAUAAAAAAGAGACCUCCAGAACAAAUUACAUAUACUAUUAACUACCAAAAUCCAGUGGUGAUCACUCAGCCACAGCAGCAUCACCAUAUACAGCAUCACCAAGAAGGUCAACAAGAAAUACAGCAGCCAAGUAUUACCUUGCAGCAUGUAGUCAUACAGCAGCCUAUGAACACAGAGGAAGUGAUAACAGGAGGUACUCAAACCAUUACACACAUGCCACAGCUGAUGCUUGCUCAAGGCCCUGGGCAAGCUCCUAAGCCUGCUAAACCUGCUAACAACUGCCAAAAUCAUCAUGCACAUGUUUUGACUUUUAUAGAAGGAAGCUACAAUCAGUGGCAAACUUGGUGCUUCUGUGACCCCCCAAACCUAAUAGACCAAUCUAGUCAAAUCAUCAGCACCGUCCCUACAGCCAAUGCCAUAAUAACUGCUCCACCCUCCACAGUCAUCCCUCCGGAUGCUUCUCCUGCAGCUACAGUUACAUCUGCUGUAGCUGUGUCCACUGUUACAAAUUCUCCAUGUGCAACAGUAGAACAAUUGGAAGGUCAAAUAAUUCCUGCACAAAUACAGGUACAAAUUCCCAUAAACAGCACACAGUCCACGGUCGUUAGGGAAGAUGUGCUACGGGGAUGGUUAGGUGGUUGGAAUAAAUGUUAAUUAUAUGUAAAUUUUAUGAAUAAUAUUUUAAUGUAUUCUGUUAUAUUAUUAGUGUAGUUUAUCAUAUAGGUAAUUUUAUUUUCAGAGUUUAAAAGGCAUUAGAUUAUAUUUCGUGUAUGGUCAGGUUGGGAAGUAGACGCUUUUUUUAUAUGUAAAUGUGCUAUAUUUAUUUUGUACUGUGCAAAUAUGUAUUUGGAAAUAGUAGUAUAACUAAAGAAAAAUGGUAAAAUGAUGCUGAAAUAUUUAGAAACAAGAAUACCAAAAAUUGUCUAUGGUUAAGGUAUUGUGCCAAGACUAUGAUAUAAGAGAUGUUAUCAAAUUUUACUAAAUUUGUUUUAUCUUACCACUGUAUUGACUUUUUAGCAAAAUUUUGUAUUACAAAUACUGUUUGUAGCAACUAAUUUUGUUAUAAUAAAUUUAUUUACUUACAUUCCAGCCAGAGUAAAAAGAAAAAGAUACAUUCCUUAUUAUGAAAAGGUAGUAUUUAUGGCAUGCUAAAGCUUGAGGCCUGUGCAGAUUAGAACCAGAAUUAACCAGACACAUCAUCUGUAUACAUUAUUACAACAUAUACUAAUUUUAUGUGCAAAAUUAUCUUUCUCCGUAUGCUGUACUUUUAAUGGAGAACAAAAAUAUGUAAUGAAGCUGUAUUUUUCAGCUUCCGUUAUCAGUUUAUCAGCUUGGGGCCUGACAGUUGAGUGGACAGCGUUUGGAAUUCGUAGUCCUAAGAUUCCGGGUUCGAUCCCCGGCAGAGGCAGAAACAGAUGGGCAGAGUUUCUUUCACCCCUGAUGCUCCUGUUCACCUAGAAG